UACUCUUGUGCUGAACUCAGUGAUCACUUCAUCCAGAGACAUUGUUGGCCAGGUUGUUAUCAGGCGCUUUUUGUAGUAACACUAAGUAUACAUGACCAUUAUAUAUCCUUUACCCAGAUGUGUUUUUUGUUAUAGUUGAAUGCUGCAUGAACAGUAAUUGAGCAUUAGAACAGCAGCAGGUUUGGUAGUGCAGUGCAGUGCAGUGUAGUGCAGUGCAGUGCAGUGCAGAGUGUUUGGGUGAACAGCACUUCCUCCGAUAAAGUGCACUCUCCGUGUCCGGAGUGUGCACUAGAGGAGGGGCGAUUCAGGAUGGUUAGGAAGCGGACACUCAAAGCACUGCUGCGUUGAACACACUGACAACUCGAUGGCAUCUGAGUGGAAUAUGUUCACAGGGAGAGCUUUGUUUCUUUUCUGAGGAAUUAUGCGAAAUCUGCGUUUUGUCGCUUGUUCAGUGUGGGACUGAAUGAGUUGUUUGGGAAAGAUGGCGCGCCCUCGGCUUAGCUUUGGUUUGGCUGUGGUAGGAAUGGCGAUGCUUAUUCUUCCAAAUGGAAAAGCCGAGCCUAGUGUUAAAGAGAAGGAGAGCUCUUGUCAAGGCGCCUUCGACUUGUAUUUUGUCCUCGACAAAUCUGGAAGUGUCAAAAACCACUGGACUGAGAUCUACUCCUUUGUGGAACAUUUAGCAGAGAAAUUUAUAAGCCCAAUGCUAAGGAUGUCCUUCAUUGUCUUCUCUACACGUGGAAGUAUUAUCAUGGGACUAACUGAAAAUAGGGAUGAGAUCACAAAAGGACUGAGCGUGCUAAAGAAUGUGGUACCAGGUGGUGACACAAAUAUGAACCUUGGAUUGCAAAAGGCAAAUGAGCAAAUAUAUCAUGGAAAUUAUGGGACAGCCAGUGUUAUCAUUGCUUUGACGGAUGGCGAGUUAAAUACAUAUCAGUAUAUCACAGCACAGCAAGAGGCACAAAGGGCCAGAUCUUUAGGAGCCAUCAUGUAUUGCGUUGGAGUGAAAGACUUUAAUCAAACACAGUUGGCUACUAUUGCAGACACCAUUGAGCAUGUGUUUCCUGUUGUGGGAGGUUUCCACGCCCUGAGAGGAAUGAUCGAUUCAAUAAUCAAAAAAUCAUGCAUUGAGAUUUUAGCAGCAGAACCAUCAAGUGUGUGCGCUGGAGAGGCAUUCCAAGUGGUUGUAAGAGGCAACGGCUUUUUGUACGCCAGAAACACAAAUCAGGUCUUGUGCAGCUUCAAAAUCAAUGACACAGUCACAGUGAAUGAGAGACCUGUAAAUAUUGAAGAGACACUUCUGCUUUGCCCAGCACCAGUUAUAGAUGAAGUUGGAAAGGUGAUAUAUCUUCAGGUCAGCAUGAAUGAGGGCUUGUCUUAUAUCACUAGUUUGGUGCACAUCACCACUACUGAAUGUUUCGAUGGUACCAUUCUCCUUAUUUCAUUACUGGUGAUUUUCCUGCUUGUGGGUCUACUGCUGAUGUGGUGGUUCUGGCCUCUGUGCUGUACUGUGGUCAUUAAAGAACCACCUCCUCCACCACCUGAGCCUGAGUCUGAUGACGAGGAUGGAAUGCCAAAGAAGAAGUGGCCUACAGUUAAUGCCUCUUACUAUGGGGGCAGAGGUGUUGGAGGCAUUAAACGAAUGGAGGUGCGCUGGGGGGAGAAAGGCUCUACAGAAGAAGGCGCUAAAUUGGAAAAACCCAAGAAUGCAGUGGUGAAGAUGCCUGAGCAGGAGUUUGAGCCCUUUGAGCCCAAAACAAAGAGGUCAACAACACACGGUCGUUCACAGCAGAGGAAGUGGUACACUCCCAUUAAGGGGAAACUGGAUGCCCUGUGGGCUCUUCUCCACCGUGGGUAUGACCAAGUGUCCCUCAUGAGGCCGCAGCCAGGAGAUCAGGGGCGAUGCAUCAACUUUACACGGGUGAAAGAUGAGGCAGUUAGGGCUCCACAGUGCAGCCCUUCUCCACCUCCACCUCCUCCACCACCAGCAGAGCACCGGCCCCUGAUCCACCCCCUGAUCCACCCCUCCACCUCAGCAACUCCCACCCGACCCACACGCUCCCCACCCAGGCCCCCACCAGUGCGAUCACAGCAUGGACCCCCACCAUCACGAGCCCCACCAAGACCCCCUCCUUCUCUUCCCCCACCUCACCCUGGGAACCAGCACUGAGAACUAUGCAGAAUCCUGAGCACCCUAAUCUAAGAGUUGUUGCUGGACAGCAAAAGAAAAUGUAACUACUGAUUAUCGAGAGAGAUUGACGAGAUAUGAUCUAAUGUGCAUUGCUUUGGGUUUGCAAACUAUCACAUUACUCAGAAAGUCUUGAAAAGUUUUGUUUUAAGUUUGAAUCUGAAAUUGAUGUAUUAUAUGAUUGAAUGACUGAACGUUUUAGCUAAAAGCUGAAGAAUUGAGGGUUUAAGCAUGUUUUAGUGUAGGGUACUUGGCUGUAUGAAAUUUAAUAAGGCACUGCUCUUGGAUCACUUGUUUAGACCUGUAAAGUAGUCUGAAAAAAUAGACAUUUCAACUGCAGGGCAGUUCCAUCUUCUAAUUUAUUUAGUCUUGGUUUCCUGGAAAGCACUUGAGCAUAGAAUGACAGAGUUUCCGCUACUGUUAUAGAACACUAAGCAUGGCCUAAUUUUGUAAAACUGUACUAUGGAGGGGAAUGCAGGGCUUUGGUUUUCCAUACAUAGGUUGCUUCAACUGCAGACUACAUGAUAAGUGUAAUUUUGUUUAGUUAUUGUAUUGUUUUUGAACAACUUUCUCUAAGAAAAGAAAAAAAAAAGAAAAAAAAAUGACACAUAGCUAACCAAAUAUCACUGCCAUCUAUUAAACAUUUUUACAACUGAA